AUGAAUUCAUUACCAACAAAUCGAAUAUUUGAUUUACGAAAUGAAAUUCAUAAAAAUGUGUCCCAAGUUCAUGCUAAUAAAAUGCAAUGUGAACGUCUUUGUGAACGUAUUGAUCAAUUAAUUGAUCCUCUCGAACGUUUAGAACAUGCAACAUCAUCAAAAUUACGAGAAGAAACUCGUCCGAUACUGGAUAAAUUACUUCGAUGUAUUGAUGAUUGUAAUAAUUAUAUCGAAAAAUUAAAAUCUCCUGAACAAUGGUGUGAAGAAAUUUAUGAAUGUAAACAAAUCGAUGAAAAAUUUAAAGAAUUGAAUCAACAUUUAUCACAAAUAGGUGAAGAUUUAUGCCUUGGAUUAAAUAUUCAAGAAUUAUUCGAUCGUAAACAAGAUCAAGAAGAUCGACAAAAAGAUUUAAAAGAUUUACAUAAAAAAAUAGAUGAAAUUUCACAAAGAAUGUUAGAAAAACAAUGUGAACAAUAUAAAUUAAUCGAUAAAAUGAUUAAUAAACGUUUACAAUCAUUUCAUUUUUCUUUAGAACAAAAAUUAUUAAUUCAACAAGAUUCUAAUCAAUCACAAGAACUUCUCAAGAAACAUCAACAAUUUUUACAUAUACCAUAUAAAGAUUUAUAUAUAGAAGAGAAGCUUGUUGGUAGUGGUGGCUUUGCUGAUGUUUAUAAAGCUCAAUGGUUAACACAUCAUGAUCAAGUUGCUAUCAAAAUUAUACGUAUUAAUCAUUUAUCAAAUAUUGAAAAAGAUUUUUAUCGAGAAGUUUCAACAAUGUAUCGUAUACAUUAUGAGAAUGUAUUAAAUAUUUUUGGUGCAUGUAUUGAACCGAAUUUCUAUGCGAUUGUUGUUGAGUAUAUGCCAGUAGGUUCAUUAUAUGAUACCUUACAUAAAAAACGAGAACAAAUAUCAUUUGAUUGGUCUGAUCGAUAUUCUAUUGCAUAUCAAAUGACAAAAUCCAUUAAUUAUUUACAUCAUCUAGAUCCUCCAAUUCUUCAUCGAGAUAUAAAAUCAAUGAAUUUUUUAUUAAAAUAUAAUGAAUCUUCAAAUCAAAAAUAUCUUGUUAAAGUUUGUGAUUUUGGUUUAGCCGAAAUUCGACGUGAAACUUUCUUACAAUCUGCAUCAUUUUCUUCUCUUCAAAUUAUUGGUUCAUUUUAUUGGAAAGCACCAGAAUUAUUUAAACCAUCUGCUCGUCAUACAAAACAAUCUGAUAUUUAUAGUCUUGGAAUUGUUUUUUGGGAAUUAGCUACAGCAAGAAAACCAUGGGAUGAAUAUGAAGAUGAAGUAGUUAUAUUAGGUCAACUUAAAUCAGGUGAACGACCAACUAUUCCAUCAGAUGUACCUGAACCGUAUAAACAAGUUACACAAGAUGCAUGGAAUCAUGAUCCUCAAAAACGGCCAACAUGUUUUCAAUUAAUGCAACGACUUUAUAAAGAAAUAAACCAAACAAAUCAAUUAAUUAUUGUGCCGAAUGAAAAAUUUAUUAUUGAUUUACAACUUCAACAAACUACAACUGAGCAAAGUAAUGAUUCAUGUCACUCAACAACAACCACUGGUUCGACAAUCACUGCAAUACAGGCAACUGAAGAAGACAAUGAAGAAAAAAAAUUAAAGAAUAGUCUACGAACAAUUAUUAUUACAGAAUCCUUACAAAAUGAGACAAAAAUAGAAGAAAAAACUAAUGUAGAACAAACAGAAACAAUACAGAUCGAAUCUAAAACAAUACAACAACAAAGUUCAUCGUCGAGUAUAACUGAAGAACAAAACCGAACAAUUUCUUCUUCUUUUGCUCAAACUAAAUCUGAAUUAACGCCACAACAAAGUGCUUCUUCAAAUAUAAUUGAAGAAUCAAAUGAAACAACUUAUGCUCCGAUUCCUCAAAUCGAAUCUGAAUCAGUGUUACAACAAAGUUCAUCUUCGAAUAUAACUGAAGAACAAAACCAAAUAAUUUCUUCUCCUAUUCCUCAAAUCGAAGCUGUCCUAAUACUACAACAAAGUUCAUCUUCGAAUAUAACUGAAGAAUCAAAUCAAACUAUUUCUACUCCUAUUCCUCAAAUCGAAUCUGAAUCGGUGUUACAACAAAGUUCAUCUUCAAAUAUAACUGAAGAACAAAAACGAACAAUUUCUUCUUCUUUGGCUCAAACUAAAUCUGAAUUAACGCCACAAGAAAAUGUUUCUUCAAAUAUAAUUGAAGAACCAAAUGAAACAAUUUAUGCUCCUAUUCCUCAAAUCGAAUCUGAAUCAGUGUUACAACAAAGUUCAUCUUCGAAUAUAACUGAAGAAUCAAAUCAAACUAUUUCUACUCCUAUUUCUCAAAUCGAGGAAACAUUGUUAAAACCGACAGAAGAUUUAACGUCAAAGUAA